AACAUUUAGUACAGGAAGAGAGGUGGAGGAAUCAUCAGUUAGCUCACUGCUAGCUGUCUCCUGGAGCCAACCGCCGAUGUGUUAUGAGCUUUGUAGCCGAAAUCAGUAUAUUAUUUUAGUUUCGAUAGUUGCAACGAUGACACUCUGACACCAAGAAUGGACAUAAGUUAACAAUGACGGGGGAGAAAAAGAAGAAAAAGCGGGUGAACCGCAGCAUUCUUCUUGCAAAGAAAAUUAUAAUAAAAGAUGGAGGAAGUCCUCAGGGAAUCGGUGAGCCGAGUGUUUACCAUGCUGUGGUGGUCAUCUUCCUGGAGUUUUUUGCAUGGGGUCUUCUUACCACCCCAAUGCUCACGGUAUUGCACCAGACAUUCCCACAACACACAUUCCUGAUGAAUGGGCUCAUCCAUGGGGUCAAGGGUCUAUUAUCAUUUCUGAGUGCUCCACUGAUCGGAGCGCUAUCAGACGUAUGGGGACGCAAAUCCUUCUUGCUGCUAACGGUCUUCUUCACGUGUGCACCCAUUCCACUGAUGAAGAUCAGCCCAUGGUGGUACUUUGCAGUCAUCUCCAUGUCCGGCGUGUUCGCCGUCACCUUCUCUGUGAUCUUUGCCUACGUGGCCGAUAUCACGCAAGAGCAUGAGAGGAGCACAGCAUACGGUUUGGUUUCGGCUACCUUUGCAGCCUCCCUGGUCACCAGCCCGGCCAUCGGAGCCUACCUGUCCGUUAAAUACGGCGACACCUUGGUGGUGAUCCUGGCCACGGCCAUCGCUCUGCUCGAUAUCUGCUUCAUCCUGGUGGCCGUGCCGGAGUCUCUGCCGGAGAAGAUGAGGCCAGCAUCGUGGGGGGCGCCCAUCUCCUGGGAGCAGGCAGACCCCUUCGCUUCUCUGCGUAAGGUGGGCCAGGACCCCACAGUGCUCCUCAUCUGUAUCACAGUGUUUCUCUCCUACCUCCCUGAGGCCGGCCAGUACUCCAGCUUCUUCCUCUAUCUCAGACAGGUCAUAAGCUUCACACCAGAGACAGUCGCUGCCUUUAUCGCUGUCGUGGGGAUCCUCUCAAUAAUAGCCCAGACGGUGGUGUUGGGGGUCCUGAUGCGCUCCAUCGGGAACAAGAACACCAUCCUGCUGGGCCUGGGCUUCCAGAUCCUCCAGCUGGCGUGGUACGGCUUCGGCUCUCAGCCCUGGAUGAUGUGGGCUGCUGGAGCGGUGGCAGCCAUGUCGAGCAUCACCUUCCCCGCCAUCAGCGCCAUCGUGUCCCGCAACGCAGACCCCGACCAACAAGGAGUUGUCCAGGGGAUGAUUACUGGAAUCCGGGGCCUCUGUAACGGUUUGGGCCCCGCUCUUUACGGUUUUGUCUUCUACCUGUUCCACGUGGAGCUGACGGACCCAGACGGAACCGAGAAAGGUGGCAAACCAAACAUGGCCAACCCCACUGAUGAGAGUUCCAUCAUCCCAGGCCCCCCCUUCCUGUUUGGUGCGUGCUCCGUGCUGCUGUCCCUGCUGGUGGCGCUGUUCAUCCCGGAGCACACGGGGCCCGGUGGGAGGCCCGGGGCCUACAAGAAGCACAGCAACGGGGCCCAGAGUCACUCCCACAGCCCCCAGGGCAGCGGGGCCGAGGGCAAGGAGCCGCUGCUGGAGGACAGCAGCGUAUAACCACAGCUCCGGGGGGCAGAGAGCUCCAACCAAACACCCCCACACACACACGGACUGAUACACACAUUUCACCACAUGGACACACACUCACCUCAGGCACACAUCAGACUCAAGUGCCACCAAGAGGUGUUUGUGUCCACGGCACAAAAAGUGAGCACCCCUAACUUAGCAGCCCUUUUCUUCCUUUUUUUUAAAGCAGGGUAUAGGGAAGACUCUCAAAGCGCCCCGUUAUAAAGAAAGAGUGUGUUGAGGAUAAUUAGUUUGGGCUGCAGUGGAAAGGUGUGUGUGACCUGGUUGAGCUGGACUCUUAUCCUUGGUUUCUAUUAAAGCAGUGACGGAGAGCAAACAACAGCUUGCCCCCCCCACCACCUUCUCCUGGUGCAAAACCAACCAGGGUGUUUUGGUCUAGAAGUGAGGCUGGGGUCAAAUGUUACUAAAUCCCUGUGUGAUAAUUCAUGUUCCUCUGAAGCCAGUGAAGUGGCAACUUUGCUUGUCCAACGAGGGUUUAACAAACAGAUAGUUGAGCACUUAUGGUCUAAUGGUUUUCCACGAGCUAACCUCUGAUUGGAUGCUUGUGAUGCAGCUCUGUUAAAGUCUCUGAGAAGUGAACUCAGAUCUUCCUCUGAAUGUACAGCAGAAACCUGCGAGGGGAGUCUCUGUUGGAGAGCGCUGCCUAAUCAAGGUCAGGAUGGGUCAACCAGUUCCGAUAUAAAAAGCUUCGUAAGACCACACUUUGUUGCAACAUCACACUUCUUACAGAGAGGAGUGUGAGAGAGGGAGAGACUACUUUAUUAACAGAAACUGUUUCUCAAUGUUUACUUGCCAUUCUCUAGAUUAGUAGUAUAGUUUGGGUUGUAUAUUUUCUCCGUUAGAAACUGAAGGCUAGCUGUGCUUCAAGUUUUUAUUCAAGAAACAAAUGUUGCCUCGAAGUGACUUAAUAUAUAUAUAUAUAUAUAUAAAUAUAUAUAUUAAUUAUGUAACCUGUAUGAAGACCGAGGUCUGAGAAGGCUCUGUAAUCUUUACGCUAUCGCUCCCAUCGGAGCCGUUACACACUUUUUAUUCCUCCUGUUUUCACGCCCUCGUUAAUUCGUUACCGGACAUUUAUCACCAUCAUGGUUAAGGCUUACAAAAAAACAUGGUUUUUAAUUUCAUAAGCUUCUGGAACAUUUGUAGCUAGAGAGGAGUCGCUAUCAGGAUACAGAGUCUUUGAAUUCAUAUCAUUAGGUUAAACAGAAUAUCACUCGUGCUGCUGCAGUAGAUAAUUCAAAGGUUAAGUGUGAUGUGAUGAGCAAAGAAACGGUUUCACAGAAUCCCUGGCGUUUAAUGGAAUCUUCAUACAGUCAACAGGCACUGCAUAUUUCUCAAAUUGUAAUGAACAGAUGGUAGACAUUUCAGAUGGGAAGCAUCUCAAGGAACUGGCUUUUAACUCGCAAUUGUGUAUGCAUCCGAUUCUCCACAAAAGGAGCCAUUUGGUUAUUGUCAGACCUGUGUGUGCACUUUAACCCGCACCACCUUUAGGAGAACAAGUUUGUUGCCAAACAAAUAUGUGUUGCCCCCUACAGGCAAGGAAGGUAACAGCUGCUUAGAGUUUAGCAGAUGUGACAGCUGCAGGUGGUUUGAAGUUUUAAAAUGCCCACAAAAAAACGAAAACUAUUCCAUCAUAAAGUGUCUCUCGAGAAUCAAGUUCCAUAGUAUUCAUUCAUAAAAACAUGGAAUUAACAGUGUUCACAUCCUAGUAAACCAAUGCAAAUUACUCAAAUAUAGAAACUAAAUACCCAUGAGUUUAAAACAACACAAAACUACAUGACAUGAGACAAACCUUUCAAACGGAAUGAAAAAAAAACCCGGGAUUAGAAUGAGUUUUGAUCCUACCCUCUACCCUCUAGUAUACAUUCAAAUUAAGCAACCUGUGAUUUUAAAUCCAUUCCUUGGUCGAUGCCUCACCCUUAAACAAGUUUUAGUCCAAUCGAGCCAGUGGUUUUUUCACAUCCUUUCCAGCCAAUAGGUGGCUCAGGUUCAACAUGACCCUCAGAAACUGUUGCAGCUCCAUGAUCCAAUGAUUUAGUUCUGCACCUAUUUUGGGGUGUUGCAUCAGUGACACUGUGAUCCCUUUUGUUCACAAACUGCACGAGAAAACGGUAAAGGAUCCUAGAAGUUCAUUUAUAAAUGCAUUUAAAUCAAAGCCUGACACGGACUCGAAGCUAAGUGGGUGUGACGCUGUCUAUCUGAAGAGAAAUGUUCGUCUUAUAUUUUGUGCCAAAUGUUUUAUUUUUCUUGGUUUGCUUUUUCAUACAGUGUGUGUGUGUGUACGUGUGCUUGACACUUGAGUGAUUUGAAUAUUUUCUUUUGUGUGUCUUAAUUUCUUUGGCUGAAGAUUUAAGUUUUAGUGCUCAAACUUCAUCUGCUCAUUUUUAGGAAUCUUGUCAACAUUUUGGUUAGAUGGUUAAUCUGUCUGUUCAGUUUCAAUCUUCAUUUAACAACAAGCAUGUCACUGUGUUUCACUGUUUCAUUUGAUAUGUUUCCCAGAGUGAUCAGUAGAUAACAAGUCACUGAAUGUUUGAAGCCAAGUUGUACAUGUUGACCACACUAUACCCUCAACAUUUUGACUUAACCUGUCCUAGUUUUUAUUAUUUCAGAAGGGGAGUUACUAGACAGGAGGCCAUCGGUGUUGAUUUAUUCUCUAAAUAUCAUAUAGUUCUUUAUCAUUUAUUGGACCAACACAUUGGUAAACAAUUCAGAUCCUACACAAAUUGGUAAGAUUCUGCACCAGCCCAUGUGCACCCGUACAUUUUCCAAGCAGACGACUAAAUGUACAAACGUCACCUGUACGUACAGCUAAUGUAUAUAUCUAUCGCUCAAGGAGACGGCCGCCUCUUGGUCUAUUUGGUUGUAUGGUGCAAUUAUUAUUCUAUAUUUCUCAAGACUUACCUGCUAGCCACUCCUGUUUUUAGUACGAUGUGGUUUGUGGCCUGAACCCCCCUCUCUGUGUGCCUAAAAUUAGCCAAGAAAUGAGUAUGGCAACAUAAGUAAAUGGUGGUUAUUAUGUAAAUAUGGGAAACUAAUGACAAACUAUUUAUUAAAGGUUUAUUGUACAAUGAAA